CUCUCACUAAGGACUAUGUUGCAACUCGGUGGUACCGGGCACCUGAAUUAUGUGGUUCUUUAGAGAGCUUCUCUCUACUUUGACAAUACCUCUGGUUGCUUCUGCAAGAUACAACAAGAUGAGUUUGCUUAAAAAAAUGCUCAAUGGAAAGCCAUUGUUUUCGGGUAAAAAUGUGGUGCACCAAUUGGAUCUCAUGACCGAUUUGCUUGGCAGUCCUCCAUCUGAGUCCAUUGCAAGGGUAGCAGCUAAUUAUGUAGCAAUGGUUCCUUCCGGACAAGUAUUUGAUAGGUAAAGAAGCGAAAGAUUAAUGCAGAAAAGAAGAGGAAAGAGCUCGAGAAGGAGAGAGCGAAGGAUGAACUUCUGACGAGAAAGCGCCAGAAUGCUUUGGUGUUGCUUUGUGAUUGUAGGUGGUCCAAAAGCAGCAUGUGCUGG